GGCAUGGCCAACGCGGGCAUGAGUCCUCCGAGGCCGCGGGCGUCGCUCUCCCCGCUGACGCUGCUGUUGCUGCUGGGAGGCUGCCUCCUCUCGGCCGCGGGGAGGGACAAGGGGGCAGCAGGCAGGGAAGUGGCCCGGGCCUCCCGCCCCACGGACGGCUCCUCCGGUCGCUUCGUGAGUCCAGAGCAGCACACGUGCAGCUGGCAGCUCCUGGUGCCCGCCCCGGGGACGCCGACUGGCGGAGAGCUGGCCUUGCGCUGCCAGACUCCGGGCGGGGCGAGCCUGCACUGCGCCUACCGCGGGCAUCCGGAGCGCUGCGCGGCCACCGGCGCCCGGCGCGCGCACUACUGGAGACGGCUGCUGGGCGCGCUGCGCAGGAGACCACUGCCCUGCCUGGACCCCGCGCCGCUGCCGCCACGCCUGUGCGCCCGCAAGACGGCUGGCGCAGAGCUGCACUCGCCGGCCCACCUCAGCCUACCCGCGCGUCCCAGCGAGCCUCCCGGGUCCAGGGCGCGGAGCCCGGCUCGGUCGCGACAAUCGGUGCGGUCCCCAAGCUCCCAGCCCGAAAAGAAGCCCUUGCUAGUGAAGUCCAACUCGGGAGGGAGGAAAGCGGGCUCAGACCCGGUCCCGGAGCCUCCUGCGGCGGCCGGAUUCCAACCCAAUGGGCUGGACCAGAAUGCCGAGCUCACUGAGACCUACUGCACCGAGAAGUGGCACUCCCUUUGCAACUUCUUUGUCAAUUUCUGGAAUGGCUGAGGCUGCGGGCUGGCAGGGGCACUAGGGGUAGGUGCUGAGAAGCAGAGGGUAGCGCAGCCAGGGCGGGAGACGUCCUUAGACAGGGAACCGGGAUGAAGAAUAAACUAGUCGGCUAGUCGGGAUUCCAAAAUGGGUCAGGGGUCAGGGUAAGAAGAAUCUGAAGCAGCUGGAGAGCGCUUUUGUUUUUUAUUUUAUUUUUAUUUUUUUAAGCAUCUCAGCUCUGAUUUAAGAGCAGAAGAAAUAGUGGAAACAAAUAGAUUUAUAUCGAGUAUGGGAAAAUUGUAGACUAGGGAGAGAAGCUGAGAAUAGCGAGAAUGAAGUGACUAAAGAGGUGAGAAUCUUUGCUAGGAAGUGGGAUACAAUGUAUAUCAACACAUUUUCAUUAACUGUAACUGUGAGUAAGAACCUGAACCAUGCUGAAUAGUUCAAAAUCUUCUUGGGUUUCAACUUGAGAAAAUGAAUACCCACCCCCACCCCCUCCUUUCUGGAUUGUUAUGAACUUUGGGUGUGACUGGCAUCACACUUUCUAUGUAGAUUACAACCUUAUAGGUAAAUAAUAAAUCUAAGACUGGAUUAUCAGGACAAUUGCUUUUCAGUCCCUUUACUACUUUUUAACUGAAUUUUGAGCCUACCGUCCAGAAAAGUUCAUUAACUACCUAAAAUCAGAAGUGAAUUUUACAAGUUCAGUGCUGUCUGGAUCUCCAAAUACAAACAAAAAACUCCAAGCCUUUAAAUUUUGAUUACUCUUUUUAAAAUCAGCUAAAAUGUAAACAUGUAUCUGGGGUCAUUUGGCCCUUCAUCUCUUCUGUGAUUAAAUUUAAAAUGUGUGUGUGUGUGUGUGUUUUAAAUAUGUUGUAACAACUGUCUUUAAUUAAAAACAAAAAAACUGGUUGGAUUUAAAGAGUUGUAAAA